GCUGUACUACCAGGUGCUGAACUUCGGCAUGAUCGUCUCCUCCGCCCUCAUGAUCUGGAAGGGGCUGAUGGUGGUGACGGGCAGCGAGAGCCCCAUCGUGGUGGUGCUGAGUGGAAGCAUGGAGCCUGCUUUUCACAGAGGAGAUCUUCUGUUCCUCACAAACCGAAUUGAAGAUCCAAUCAGAGUGGGAGAAAUUGUGGUCUUUAGGAUAGAAGGAAGGGAAAUUCCUAUAGUCCACCGUGUCCUAAAGAUUCAUGAGAAGCUGAAGAGUCCUGGUCUGUUGUUUCUUGUAUGGAAGUGGUUCCAGACCUUGCUAUCCGUUUCUGAACCUUUGCCAGUUCUUCUCUCCAUUUCAAAAAAGGAUGUAGGGGGUUCAGAACUGCACAGAGCAUUCAAGAUGCAAAAUGGUGACAUCAAAUUUUUGACAAAGGGAGACAAUAACGCGGUUGAUGACAGAGGGCUGUACAAACGAGGGCAGCACUGGUUGGAGAAAAAGGACGUAGUAGGACGAGCAAGAGGAUUUGUGCCCUAUAUUGGAAUAGUGACUAUCUUAAUGAAUGAUUAUCCAAAAUUUAAGUAUGCAGUCCUCUUUUUACUGGGUUUAUUUGUGCUGGUCCAUCGAGAGUAGCCUCUUGCACUGAAGUACGAGGUGAAGGUGCCAUGGAUUUUUUAGAUGAACGUUUUUGGUAGAUGAUGGUCCGAUGUGCCAGGAGGAAGAAGAAAACAUGCAUUUCAAAGCUUCUUGCCAGUUUGGGUUUGUUUUGUUUUUUUACUGCAUAAGGGUGAAUGUUUGUCACAGUAUUUCCAAUGGUUUGUCACAUUUUAGCAUUUUUAGUGAGUUUUUAUAUUAAAAAUUUAAGCCAAACUGUUCAGUGUUUGUAUUUUGAAGCAGAGCUUCCUCUUGAAGUGCCUACAGGACUGUCCUCUAAGUCUCUGCCUCUGCUGGGCAAGCGUGACCUCUCCCUGUUCUGGCUGAACUGUUAAAUGGUCAGCUGUGGAGGUGGUGUUUUUUCCAAUAGAACUGGAAUAAAGAUUUUGCAUCUUGC